UUUUAAUUCGAUCUAGUUUUAAAAAUAACUAUAUAUUUAUGUUAUGUAUUCAAUGGAAAUAUUAAAAUUCUUCUAAGUUAUUAUUGAUUUCAAUAAGUCCAAGCACGCUUCAAACGAACAAACACUCAAUAGGUUACGUCAACAACAAACAGUAUAAAUGAGCUUGGAAUAUUAUUGGUAUCGCAUUUCUGUAGCCGACAGUGAAAAUAACAAUAUGAAGUUCUACUGUAUCCUUGCUUUCUUCGCUUGUUUAAUAGCUGCUGCAUUGUCGCAGAGAAAAAGAAUCACAGAGGACACUCAUUGUCCUCUAGCAUGUGCCAGGAACUACGUACCAGUCUGUGGAAUGAGACAAGAAGAGGGAGCAUGGGUCAGGGAAAUUUUUCCAAACGAAUGUGAAAUGCAAGACGAAAACGAAUGUCACCACGGUAACUAUAUACCAUGCCCUAAGUAAAAAUUAUUUAUUGGCGUUCCUGUGAUCUACUAUUCCAAAAAAGCAUCCGAAGAUUCAAAAUUGCAUCACCUCAUAUUAAAAUUUAAUUUGUAUUGAUAAAUCUGAAAUUGAAAAAUGUAAUUGUUUCCGUAAUACAAGGCUACACUCUGCUAUUUA